AUGCGUCCAUUCAUCCUCCUCGCUCUCCUCUUCUCCGUUGCCAUCGCCUUCAACAUCUUCCGUGAUGAAGCCGUCCCAGAGGAGCAACUUCUCUCCGUUCGUCGUUCGACACGUGGUGCCGACAAGAAGGCCGACAGCAGCGACAGCAGUGAUUCAAACGAGAAGGACGACAAGGUUACGGAAGGAUCCGGAUCUGGCGAUACACCAGUAGAAGCAGAAGAGCAGCUCCGUCGUGUCGCCCGUGACGUCGAGGAGGCAUCUGGAGAGGAAGAAGGAUCCGGUGCCGCUCAGGUGACAUCCGCUCCAGUCAGAUUCGUGCGUUCCGUCGACGUCGAGGGAUCCGGAUCUGGAGAUGAGGCUCCAGCCGAGUAA